AUGAAAACUCCUGUGUCGGUUAAUUCUGUGUUUAGGAGGGUUUUGUCCGAUAUUACAAACACCCCACAGUUACAAUCGGGACAAUCAUCAAACAACAACGUAUCCACUAUAUGCAAUGAAGGAACAACACCGCAAAGCAAAUAUGAAUUACAAUUUGCUCAUAAUGCAAGAAGCCAAAGUAUUAGAAGACAAACUUCUCCAAGUCCAUUCGAAAAGACAUGGACAAAUCAAGCGUCUCAAGAAAGUAAUCAGACAGAUUUCAAUAGUGUAAACAGAAAGGAGAAUUAUAGCCAUAAUGACGGAAAUCUAACAAGACCUCAUGGUCAACAUGGUGGUGUUAUAUUAGAUUCAGAUGAGGAUUCUGAAUUUCAAGACUAUUAUGAUCAAUCGGAAGAGGAUCUAGAAGAUGAUUACCAUCAGGAAUUUUACUGUAGUAGCCAGGAAGAUACAAGUAGUGAAACUUUUUCAGAGGAAAUGGAUGAAGCUAGAAGAAUUAAAGACUCUACAGACGAAAAAAUAUAUCAGGCCAAGGAACAUUAUGAUAUUCUUACAAUGCUAGAGAAAAGUAUAGCAAAGGUCUUUGGUUCCAAAACUGCAAUUCCUCCAAAGGCUAACAAAUCAAACGAAAUAGAUUAUGUUGAUGACGGUGAUCCAGACUAUACUUGUGAACACUGUGGUGCAAUCUUCUGGUAUGGAGAACGUCUAAACAAAAGGAGGAAUGCUAAAAAUCCUAAAUUUGCAGCAUGUUGUAUGCAAGGACAAAUUACAUUACCAUCGCUCAAAGAGUCUCCUGAAUUGCUAAGGCAACUUCUUACUGGAGAUGAUGAACUAGCAAGAAAUUUUAAAGAUAACAUAAGAGCUCACAAUAUGAUUUUCUCAUUUACAUCUAUUGGUGGCAGAGUUGAUCAUUGUGUUCCUAAAGGACGUGGCCCUCAAAUGUUUGCAUUGCAAGGAGAAAACUACCAUCUAAUGGGUGCUUUAAAGCCAAAACCUGGCGAAUUAGCAAAGUUUCUACAGCUCUACAUUAUCGACACCGCAAAUGAAGUGGAGAACAGAAUGAACAUAAUGAGUAAUGGGAAAGAUCCUGAUAAUGGGCAAGGAAAGAAAAAAUUCAGAAAGGAAAUAAUUGAAAGCAUCAUCAAGCUACUGAAUCAGAUCAACCCACAUGUUGAUGCAUUUAGGUCUGCCCGAGACAGAUUUAAUACUAAUGAUGAAGAAAGGUUUCACAUGAGGAUUAUUGCUAAACGCACAACUGAUGGAAGGCUAUACAAUAUGCCAACAGCAUCAGAAGUCGCAGCUUUAAUACCAGGAGAUUUUCAUGAAGAUAUGGAUAAACGUGAUAUCGUCUUACAGGAACAUUCCGGGAAGCUAAAAAGGAUUCAUGAACUGCAUCUAGCCUAUCUAGCAUUGCAAUAUCCUCUAUUGUUUCCAUAUGGAGAGGAUGGUUAUAGGCUUGGUAUAAAGAAACUUAAAACAUCAGGUCGUGGAGAAAAGGAGCAGGAAGAUGUCACCAUGUACACAAUCGAAUUCCAGAAAAGAGGACUUCCUCAUGCUCACAUAUUAUUGUUUAUGCAUUCAAGUUGUAAGUUUACAACAUCUGAAGAUAUUGAUAAGAUCAUAUCUGCCGAGAUUCCAGAUAAAGUGAAGAAACCAGAGCUGUAUCAAGUUGUUAAAGACUGUAUGAUUCAUGGACCAUGUGGAGCGGCUAAUCCAAAUUCACCAUGUAUGGUCGAUGGUAAAUGUACGAAGUGUUUCCCAAAAAGCUUUAACAACACUACUAAGGUGGAUAAAGAAGGAUUUCCAGUUUAUAAAAGGAGGAAAAACGGAGGUUACAUUGAGAAAAAUGGUUUCAAAUGCGAUAACCGUUAUGUCAUUCCAUACAAUGAGAAGCUAUCUCUUCCUUACCGUGCUCACAUUAAUGUGGAAUGGUGCAACCAAUCAGGUUCAAUUAAAUAUCUCUUCAAAUAUAUCCACAAAGGACAUGAUCGUGUUACAGUUACUGUCGAACCACAUAAAAAGGAUGGAGAUGUUGAAAUGAAUGUAAAUGGUGGAGCGACUACAAAGGAAAAGGAAAUCGAUGAAGUUCAAGAUUAUUUUGAUUGCAGAUACGUUUUAGCAUGUGAAGCUAUGUGGAGAAUUUUUAAAUUUCCAAUACAUCAUAAGACAACACCUGUUGUCAAACUUACUUUUCACGAAGAGGGUUUGCAGCCGGUUGUAAUCAAAGAAGGAGAAACAAUUGAAGCUGUGAUGGAGAGAUUAGGUAAUCAGAUGACUCAGUUUUUAGCAUGGUUUGACCUGAAUAAGAAGAACCUAAAGUCAUUCAAUCGUUCUAAUGGGAAGAAAAGGAUUAAGAAGGUUGCUGAUCCCAAAAAACUCCUAUAUGAAGAGAUUCCAAAUCACUUUACAUGGAAUAAUAAAGAGAAAAAAUUUGCUCUGAGAGAAAGAGGGUUUGCUAUUGGUAGAAUAAAUUUUGUUCCACGUGCUAUAGAGGACUCUUAUUUUUUGAGAAUCCUCUUAAAUAUCCGGCGAGGUCCUCAACAACAUAAGGAUCUUAAGACAGUUGAUGGUGUGGUUUAUAACUCUUACAGAGAUGCAGUUUUUGCACUUGGAUUACUAGAUGAUGACAAAGAAUACAUCAACGGUAUUAAAGAAGCAAACUUUUGGUGCUCAGCAAAAUAUGUUCGAAGGCUUUUCGUCAUCAUGCUACUGUCAGCAAGUUUGAGUAAACCAGAGAUUGUAUGGGAAGAAAGUUGGAAAAUUCUAUCUGAGGAUAUUGAGCGAGAAAAAAGACAUGAGUGGAAUCAACCAGAUCUUAUUUUAAGUGACGAGGACAAAAAAAAAUUUGCUUUACAGGAAAUAGAAAAGUUGCUAAUCAGAAAUGCAGCAUCCCUUACGAAAUGGAAACAGAUGCCUCAGGUUGAUAUGGAAGAAGUAGAAAAGUCCAACCAAUUUCUUCUAGAUGAACUGAAGCACAACAAUCCAGACUUGAAAGCUAAGCAUGAUGAAUGGUUAUCUAUGGCUACUUCAGAGCAAAAACAGAUAUAUACUGAGAUUGUAGAUGCUGUUUAUAAAGAUAGAGUAGGAGCUUUCUUUGUAUACGGUUUUGGGGGAACUGGCAAAACAUUUCUAUGGAAACUGUUAUCGGCUGCUAUAAGAUAUAGAGGAGAUAUUGCAUUAAAUGUCGCUUCAAGUGGUAUUGCUGCAUUGCUUCUCGAUGGUGGACGAACUGCACACUCUAGGUUUGGGAUCCCAAUAAAUCCGCAUGAGUCAUCCGUAUGUAAUAUUGCAAGAGGCACAGAUCUUGAAGACAAGCCGUUUGGAGGAAAAGUCAUUGUAUUUGGAGGUGAUUUCAGACAAGUUUUGCCGGUGAUUAAUGGUGCUGGUAGGGAAGAAAUAGUUUUUGCUGCGUUAAACUCUUCGUAUAUAUGGGAGCAUGUGAAGCCUAACGAUGGAGUAGCAGAAAUUGAUAUCCCACAAGAGUUUUUAAUUACUCAAGGAAAUGAUCCCAUCGAGACAAUUAUAGAGUCAGUUUAUGGUAGUUCUUUCAUGAAUGAAGAGGAUCCUACAUUCUUUCAAGGAAGAGCUAUUUUAUGUCCAACAAAUGAGGAUGUCAACUCAGUUAAUGAACGAAUGCUCUCUAUGUUGAAUGGUGAUGAAAGAAUAUAUUUAAGCUCGGAUAGUAUAGAUCCUUCCGACAAGAGUUGUCCAGUCAUGUUGAUAAGAAACAUUGAUCCAUCUAAAGGUCUAUGCAACAGGACAAGGCUACAGAUAACGCAAAUGGCAGAUCAUGUGAUUGAAGCUAGAGUCAUUACAG